AUGACUGUAUAUAGAACGGCCUCUGAUUCUGUGUCGCAGGUGUGCGUGUUCCUGUGGGGCGGUGCGCGCACGCAGAUGGCGCUGCUGUACAAUCCGCACCGGCGCCUGGAGCUGUGGCGCUUCUUCAGCUACAUGCUGCUGCACGCCGACCCACUGCACCUGGCGCUCAACGUGGCCAUCCAGCUGGUGCUGGCCACGCCGCUCGAGUACGAGCAGGGCCACUUGCGGACGGGGCUCGUGUACCUGGGUGGCGGCAUCGCGGGGUCGUUAGGGACAUCGAUGAUGGAACCUGAACUGUACAUCGUAGGCGCUUCGGCGGGAGUCUACGCGCUGCUCAUCUCACAGCUGUCCAACAUCUUGCUCAACUUCGGCACCAUCCGGUACAAGGUGUACCGCACCGUGGCGGUGGUGGUGCUGGCGCUGACGGACAUCGCCUUCUCGCUGCACCACCACUACACCUUCGGCAACGAGUGCCCGCGCGUGGGGCUGGCGGCGCACUGCAGCGGCGCCGUGGCGGGCUUCGUGCUGGGGCUGGUGCUCUUCCGCGGGGAGGCGGCCAAGCCCGAGAACGCGGCGUGGAUGCGCGCGUGCCGCUGGGCGGCGGCCGCGCUGCUCAGCGCGGGGCUCACCGCCGCCGUCGUGUGCAACGUGCUGCUGCCGCCCGCGCCCCCGCGCACCACGUGA